GAUAAAAUGCUCAACCUGACUUCAUAAAAGGAUCCUUAUAUUUCUUUCUUUGUUCUCAUUAUGCUAACGCGAACUCAUUGAUCCCCAAGCCCUGAUCGCUCCGAACUGCUUAGGGAGCCAUAAGCGGCGUGAAGUCGGACCGAAAACGAAAAGGGAAGGUUGAAAGGUUCCCAGAUCUACAAUAGCUCUUCCGCGAACCAACGUUUCCUCCUCAUCUCAACAAUACCCCAAAUACUCUCCUUGAAUUUGCUUUACAACCGUCUCUCCUCCAUAAACAGAGCAAUGGAGCCUCUCAACACACCCCCCGAAGCCUCCUCCUUCGUCCUCCUCGCCGACCAUCAAUCGCGCACCCCCGCGUCCUUCCACACAGGCCCGCCAGUCCUCCACUACCACAGCAAGGCAUGCAAACUCGUCAUUUUUGAGCGUGAUCUGCUCUCCGUUCCAGCGUUGAAUGCCAUCCGCGGCGCAUCUUCGAGCGCCACCAAUGGAAAUGGCGACGCUGAAGGCGAAGAAGGAAAAGAAGUCGUGAUCGAUGGUGUUGAUGUCUGGGUUACUUCUGAUAAAUUCCUCCUCUACACUCCCUCCGCCUCCACCGGCCUCACAAUCCCCUACCCCUCCAUCUCACUCCACGCCAUCCAACGCCUAAAACUCCCCACCUCGCCCUCCAACGAAGUCCAAGGCCUGUACAUGCAAAUCGCAACCCCCACACCAACUGGUCCUACCGCAGACGACGAGGAAGAAUGCAUCACCCUCACCAUCGUACCACCCACAGCACCAGAGACUCUAGGCGGGACAUCGACAAGUGAAACGGCAACUCCUACGGCCACUGGACACGCGACGGAGGAUCAGUCUGCGACGCAGGUGCUGUACGCGGCUGUGUCUGCUUGUUCGAAUUUACAUCCUGAUCCGGUCCUUCCUGGUGAUGAGGAUGAGGGCGAAGAAUGGGAUGGGGAAGGCGAUGAGGCAGUGCAGCAGAUUGGGCUCCCGCCUGCUAUGCCUGGGAGUUCGGGGUGGAUUACAGCGGACAAUAUGCAUGAAUAUUUUGAUGAAGAGGGGAAUUGGAUUGCGGGUGGGCAGGAGCCGGUGUUGCCUUUGGGACCUGGUGCUGGGACGGUAAGGACCAGGGAUGAGGAGAAUGAAACUGUUGGGCAAGAGCACGAGGGGGAGAAUGAUGAGGCUAAGUGGCAGAGAACGGACUAAACGUUGUUGCGGGGGUAAAGGGGGUUGUACUUUAGAAAAGUUACCAUGAUACAUCCAUUCUUCUAAUUACGUCUAGCUAGUAAUCAAGGAUAUCGAGACAAAAAAAAAUGCCUGCAAUAGCAUCAGAAAUAAAUUAAGACAAAGAUAUAGUGAAACCAGUCACACUUUUACAAUCAACAGCCUUGAACCCCAACAAAAGAACAGAGAACCCAGUCCUACUCCUUCAGGAACCCAUCACCAUCGUACAAACUCCCCGGCGUGGCCGCUGUCGCCCCAAUCCCCAGUCCAACUGUCUUCUUC